CGACAACGACGAUAACUUUUGUACUGUACCAAACACUUUCUAGAUGGCUUGCAUAGCAACAUUUUGAAAAUUAACAAAAUCUCAAUAUGAGUAAACCAAAAAGAGAGAAAAGCGUGCUUGAAGGACAUUCACCAGUAAAUAAAUAUGAGUUGCUGUGUGUGGAGAGAGCGGCACGAGGUGACACAGGGCCGGACGAAGAGAAGAUGCAUCUCGCCUUUCAGGCUCUUGACGUCCUUGUACCAAACCUAGGUGUCUACACUCGUAUCUUCAGAAAACUCCGGGAUGAUCUUUUUGAGGCUGUAUAUAGUGAUGACCUAACCACCGACACUUCCGGUAAGGUCGUUCCGAUUCCGUACUUUAUCCACAUCACCCGACGUCAGAACACACAGUCACAUAAGAUGGAUGAAAUGGAAGAACAGCUCGACACAGUGAAGGAAAGGUUAUUUGAGAAGCAUAAGCAGUUGGAGGCGUGUCAACGGGACAAUCUAGAACUGCAGCAGGCAGCGGAAGGGCUUAACGAGACCAUUAAUCUCCUCAAAAACGACCUGACCGAUAAACAGACCGAAAUUGAAAGGUUAGAGGGUGUACUGCAGAAAGCAGGGGAAGAUCGGCAACGCGAGCGGGAAAGAUUCCAGGCAGACAUUGAUGAUCUUCAUUCGGCGAUAGAUGACAACAAAGAAGAAAUUCAGUACCUGUCAAACUUUAAGAAAGGAUAUGAUGAUCUUGCCUAUGCCUUCACAGACCAGCCUGAGGGUUCAGUAACUCCUCGAGCCCAGAAGAAACCCAUUGUUUCUACAAAACGGGCCAACAUAAUGACGAACAUUCAGCUGGCAAAGAAACUGGAAGAACAGAUUAUGACUGUGCUGAACACUGCAGUAGAAGAGUUUGACAAGUUCAUGGAAGGUCACAAGGCUGAAUUGCUAACCAUCGAGACUAAAGAAGACCAGACGGAUGCAGAGUUUGACGCCCAGCAGAUUGAUAUAGACAAUGCUGAUCAACAGCUCGAGGCAAUUCAGGAGCGGUUCAGAUCGACAAUCGGGGACAUUUCUAACGAGCUACUCCUUCUGAAACAACACAGCACCAUGCUGAUGGAACAACUUCAAAUACUGGAGGAGACACAUCCAACUAUUAUGAGGAAAGGAGAGAAAUUAAAAGUUGUUGAGGGAAAUGUCUCCAAGUCAGGGGAGAUAAUGUUGACCCGUGAUCAGGAAAGGCGGGUAAAGCGUGUCCAGGAAGAAAGUAUCAAGAUUCAGGAGAUUUACGUCAAGUCCCCGUUCUUUGGGUUAAAUGACGAACAGUGGAAGGAACUGCAAGACUCUAUCCUGUCAGCUGGUCUUGGUGAUGAUGAAGAUGAAGAUGACAGUGACCCGUUUAUCCCACAAGAGCGUGUGUUCAGUAAAUACGCGGCCAUGGUGUAUACGUCUAACAACCAGGGGAAGUCGUUUGAGGAAUUUAAAGAUGCCAAGUUCUGUCCUAGCUGCGGAGAGAAGACCGUUAUAUGCCCACACAAACUACCCGGGCAGGAGAAGGUGUUCCCAAUGCCCAUCAAUUGUACCCACAUAAAAAUCUCACGUCCCAAGGUCAAAAUCAACAAGGAACUAAUGAGAGAGCUAUUGAAAGCACAAGACGAAGAGGAUGUAACGUUUGACUUUCCCUCAUCUGUGGGCAAGAUGGAUGCAAGUCGGGACCACAGUCUACGGGGUGGUCCAGGCUCCGUUAUGUCCCUUGAUUCCAGCCGAGACGGGCUCACCAGCGCAGCCGGCAGCGAGACUCACAUGGUACAGUUUGGACCUAAACGUUACAGCAUUGCGAGCAUGUUUGAUGAUUACAAACAGAGAACAAACCUCGAGCGAGAUGUACCGAGACCCAUUUCCAUGGACCGGUGCCUGUCUCUUGUGGAGCAGUUCUGGACAUUUGUUAUUUGGGAAGAUGAUAACGGGAAAGAAGAAGAUAUCCACAACUCCAUCAUGGACAAGCUAUAUAGCUUUAUGGAGGAACGCUACAUGGUGAAGGACAUCAUGUUUCUGUGUAACUAUGAUUUCCUAUCAGCGCUUGCAGAAUACUCGGAGCAAGAAAAGCUUGUUCAGCUAUUUGCUCACAUCCUUGUUGGCAACCUGGAGGGUGCGUGUUUCCGCUACAUGAUGUUACUCUCUGAUUUCAUCAGCGCUGUUGACUGGAAGGAGGUUGAGGAUUUCCGGGCAUUUGCAUCAGUUGUCUACCCUUUCCUACAGGAGGAUGACCUUGAAACUCUACAAAUGUCCUAUACAUCAUACAGUGAGAACAAAAUCUCUAGGAACAUGGUGGCCCAGUUCAUAAUUCACCUGAUAUUGAAGUAUCGGGAGCCAAGAUUCCAGGAUAUGGAGAAUCGAUUGAUGCCCUUCCAUACACAGCAGGCUGGCAAACAGGCUGCAUUGUCAGAGCGUGAGUUUAAGGAAGCGAUCGACAAUAUACUGCCACUGACUAACAAUAAACUCCGACGUCGGCUCUACUUCGAGGCCGAAAAGAUGGGGAGAAGGGAGGGGUUGUCAAACAGCGUGUCUGUCAUGCGUCUAGCCCAAAUUGCCAGCUUUCUUGGCUUAUUAAACAUUACCAAUAUCGUGAAUGACACGAUCGCUGCCCGUGUCGCAAAAUGGCGGGAACGACCGAGCAGUUCAGGGUCGGCAAGGCAACCCCAGGAACAUGAGUCACAACUUCUCCAUGAUGAUGACAUUGACCUUAUCACUUUGAGGAAGGUGAAACUGUUGUCUGCCAACAUCUCGAGGAGAAAACAGUUGCGACAGGAGCGCUAUGAUAUGGAUGACCAGGAGUGGUAGGCGAGUGAAAAUGUCAACAUAGAUGUGUUUUUAAUGAUCACAUCUAGCCUUUAUGUUCUUACCAUUUUUUUUAAAGAUGACAAAAAUUGUGAUUAUCUAAAGAAAAUCAUGAUUUUUUUACAAGGGAAAAAAAUAAGUGUAUUUAAAUCUAUCAUUGACUAGAAUUAUGGUCGUUUACUUGUAUUUCUUGAAUGUGAUGGCAAGUCUGUGAUGAACAAUUCAAAUGGCCUUGACUUUGAUAAAUAGGAACGACAAGAGCAAUCCCUGUAGACUUUGUGGAUCAGUCACAGAUUGCUUUCUAUUGUUCUUCAUAUAUUGUUGUGCAUGUAUUUUGAUUAUGUUUCCUAUCUUAAUCUGUGAUAUCAAAGACAGAGAACUUUUUGUGUUUGCGAUUGUUAUAGGUUUAUUGAUAUGUUUCGUUACAAAGUAUUUUGUUUUGUGUUAUACAUAUAUGUGAUAAUAAAAAUGAUACGUU